ACUUAAUUUCAUAAGUACCUAUAUACAAUACAGUACCUGUAUAGCGUAUAUACGAUUGCUUUUAUCUUGUAAGAAGAUAUAGGUAUUGAAUGUCAUUAUGUCGACGAUAUAAAUUAAGAAUAGUAAGUUAAGAAAAAACGUAAUAAUAAUAUGUAACAUAAUAAUAACAUAUAAGUGAUGGAUCGGACAUGAAUAAUACGCUACCGAAGUGAUCUUACCAACUGCAGAACUGAAUUAAAAAAUAUAAAAAUAAUUGUAGCAGGUAUGGGUAUACCUUGGAUAGGCUAUCUAGCAGGUUUUUUGAUAGCUAAAUUGUUAAGGCAAAAUCCCGUAGACUCUCUUACGGUUGCUAUUGAAGUUGGUAUUCAAAAUACUGGUAUAGCUAUAUUCUUGCUCAAAUUUGCUUUAACUCAACCUGAAGCAGAUCUUACAACAGUGGCUCCAGUCUCAGUAGCAGUUUUAACACCGUUCCCUUUGUUGUUAUUAUUUAUCAUUAAGAAACUCAAAGCCCAGUUUUAUCACUCGCAUUCAAAACUAUCACAGGAAGACAUCGUAAAAGUAGACAAUAAUAACUCGACUGAAAACAUAUCCAACAACAGCGAAUUAAAAACGGUCUACUGAAAUAUCUGUACGACUUUAGUGCGAUCAUGCCAAGAUAAAUGUAUAGUAUACUGUUUAGAAGGUGUGUUGUUUACUAUAUGAAAGUUAACUUUCAUUAUAGUUUUAUUUUGUAUAAAAAUACGCAAUGAAAUUAUAAAAAAUCUCUAAAGUGGUUUAUGAUUUGUUAAUACUGUUCCAACGUUAAUAUGGUUUAUAUUAUUUAUAUAACUGGUUUUUAUAUAAAAAACAUUAAACAAUAGUAUCAA